AUGAAUAGAAAGGGUUGCGACAUUGAAGCAACAGGCAUCAACUACACCAUCUACACUCAAAAGCCACAACCCCCUUUCAAGAUCUUUAACAAAGAUCAACAAGUUACACAACAUCAACAACCCUUUCCUGAUCCUGACACCAAUCCAAGAGCCCGUCGGGUUCUUCGCGAAGUAAGUUGCCAUGCAAAACCAUGGGAGGUCCUUGCCAUCGUGGGCCCUAGUGGCGCCGGAAAAUCAUCUCUGCUUGAGAUCCUUGCCGGAAAACUCACUCCACAAACGGCAAGCAUCUAUGUCAACCAAAAACCGAUGGACAAGUCAAGAUUCAAGAAGACUUCAGGGUACGUUACGCAAAAGGAUACCUUGUUCCCUCUACUCACAGUCGAAGAAACACUAGUUUUUACAGCUAAGCUCCGACUGAAUCUUCCUAGCCUCGAGCUGAGAUCACGGGUCAAGUCGUUGAUCAAGGAACUUGGGUUGACCCAUGUGGCAAAUGCACGUGUUGGGGAUGAUCGGGUUCGUGGGAUUUCAGGCGGAGAGCGACGGCGGGUUUCUAUAGGAGUUGCGGUGGUUCAUGACCCGGAAGUGGUGAUUCUCGAUGAACCCACUUCGGGGUUGGAUAGUAACUGCGCCUUUCAGAUCAUAGACAUGAUCAAAACCAUGGCUGAGACCAGAGGCAAGACUGUGAUCCUUAGCAUCCAUCAGCCGGGUUUCAGAAUCAUCAAGCUUUUCAAUUCAAUAUUACUCUUGGCAAACGGCACCGUUUUGCACCAAGGAACAGUUGAUGAACUCAACCUCUCUCUACGGCUCAUUGGGCUUGAGCCACCUCUUCAUGUUAACAUCGUUGAGUUUGCAAUAGAUUCAAUUGAAUCGAUACAACAACAAAAGAACCAGAAGUCAUCAAAUCUUGAACAAGAUAUAAUUACUGCUUCAACAAACAGAAUCACACAAGGUAAGUUCACUUUACAACAACUCUUUCAACAAUCAAAAGUAAUCGACCUAGACCACGAUCACGAAGACAACAAAGAUCAAGAACAAGAACAAGACCAAAUGAUUACAGAUGGCUUCGCAAAUUCAAGAUUCUUCGAAGCAGUAAUCUUGACGCAUCGAUUCUGGAAGAAUAUUUCUCGAACAAAAGAGCUUUUUGCGUAUCGAACUCUCCAAAUGCUCGUAUCAGUAGAAGCUCUACCAGUUUUCUUGCAAGAAAGGGAAAUACUAAUGAAAGAAACUUCAUGCGGAAGUUAUCGAGUUUCCUCGUACGCAAUAGCAAACGGACUUGUAUACUUGCCAUUUUUGCUAAUCCUUGCGGUUUUAUUUGCCACCCCAUUAUACUGCGCACUGGUUCCGAAUUUUAUCGUGGGAAACUCAGUGAUAUCAGGUGUGAUUGGAUCUUUCUUCCUGUUUUCGGGUUAUUUUGUGUCGAAACAAGGAAAGUGUUUGGAGUAUCUGUUUGGAAAGUGUUUGGUGAGUGGUGAAGAUGUGUUGAGGGAACAAGGAGGGUAUGAGGAUGAUGGGUCAGAUGCUCCCAAAGGGGACUUAAAGGUGCCCUUCUUUGAAUUUUUUUGGACAUUUGUAGUCUUGAUUAUUGAAAAAAGUGCAUGA